AUGAAUAUCUCGUGUGCAAGUGCUCCUCGUUCGAAUCGUUAUCAUCAGCAACAACCAGCAGCUUUUUUUGGAUCGUCUGGAUCCGCCUCUGCUCCGCCAACCCCGCGUAGCCGACAGGAGGGUUCCCGACGUCCUGCUCGCCGUCCAGUGUCAUUUACACCAAAGACAUCUGGAAGUCCUUGCUAUGCUGGUUCGAAAUUCAGUGAUUCGCCGACAGCUCGCUCCAUUCCUCUACCACCAACAGAAUGGAUUUGUGAAGCAUACACUGCAAAUUCGGAGACUAGCUCGAUGAGCAGUGGAUCGAUUGGACUUCCGAGCGACAUGGAGACGAGUUCGAUUUGUUCGAGUGCACCAUCCUUGAGUGAUGUCGGAGAGGUGUCAAUUCUUCCAACGACACCGCAAAAAUCUGCUCUUCGUCCACCAUCUGGCAUGCGUGUACAUCCUCUCCGUCUCAUCGCUGCUGCAUUCCCGAGGAUUGUGUGGCAUGGCCACCUCCUCCUGCACUACCUGUUCUUCGUACAGUACCAGUAA